UCAAAUUUCUCUGCAUGGGGAGGAACUGAGUUACAGCGAAUCCGCUGCAUGGACACACAACAGCCUUCUCUACAACAGUCUUCUCUACAGCAGUCUUCUCUACACAACAGCCUUCUCUAUACACUUCAUUUAAGGGCACAGGAUAAGCAAAUAUGGCAGAAGGCGAGAUGGAGAGUAUUGUCCCUAGUGCCCUCAACACAGGGAGAGAAACAGGAACACUAGUGGAGGUCAAGUUUCAGAAAAACUCCUAUCGAAUCCAGAAAUACCUGGAGGCAGAACCAAAAGCUUUAGGGGUAACGCAGAUUAUGCUGAGUCUCUUUUUCUUGAGUACCAUAGGUUUGAAUUGGAGUUUUUAUAGUUCCCACAUCCCAGUCAUCAUCAAAGCUAUCUUUUCUUCACCUAGCAUAAUAGCUGGUAGUGUGGCAAUAGCAGCACAGAAUCUUCACCUUCCUACACUGAAGGCCUGCUUGGGGCUGCAGGUUCUGGCAUGUGUGUUCUCAGUGAUCCCCUUCAUCAUCAGCUCAGAUUUAAUACUAGACCAACCUAUAUUUCAGUACUGCUGGGACAACCACAACAGCACAUCACAAAUAAAUAUGUGUGACAGACUGUGGUCCAUCUAUGAGCAUAUCAUGGGAAUAGAGAUGCUCGUGCAGGCGACUCAGAUUGCUCUCUCUGCCACCUUGGCUGCCUUCUGCUGCAAAGUAAUUCAGUGCUGCUCACCGAGGGACAAUGUGCCUGUUAUUGUGGUGAACGCACCCCCAGGUCCACAGUGACAGCAGAGUCACAACCCAUUUAACUGCAGUUUUGUUUUACACACAUGCAUUAUAAAUGUACUUACAAUACUCACAUACUUGUUAUAUGUAUACAGCCUAAAGCUGUAUACAUAUAACAACCUUAGUUAUAGAAUAAUAUGUCGAAUAUACUUACAAUGUACUUGAAUGUAUGUAUGUACUUACAGUACUCACAUAUUUGUUGCAUGUAUACAGCCUAAAGCAAACAGUACAACCUGUGUUACAUGAUAAUGUGAUAAACUGUUCAAAUAACCUCAUUAGUAUUCAGUUAGUAUAAUUUCUUUUUGAAAAGGUAUAGAUAAUAUUUUAUGUCAUUUUAAAAUCACUUAUACCUUCAGUCACUUCUGUCAUUUUUCUGAACUGUAAUAAUGGUUCUCUAUGUAAGGCUGUAAGAUGGACAAAAAGGAUUUUAGGGAUUUAAGGUAUGAUAAAUAAACAUUAGGUUGACUGGAGAGGUGUUGGGAUAUAAUGUAGCAAGACUGACAGCACUUCAUUUUUUAAAUAUUAACCCUGAUGGUGAACUCUAUUUUUUCCUUAUGUGCAAAUGUACAUAAAGUCUAAUAUAGCUUGAAGACAUUGUGCAUGUAUUUUGUGUUUGUAAAGCUGUCUGAUUAUUUUUUUCCCAGCAGAUGGCGAUGUAUCUCUGUUUAGUGUAUGUUUUUUUUUUUCAGUAAUGAACAUCUCAGAAAGAAUAAAGGGAAUAUAAUAUGAA